AUGGCAACAUCUUCGCAGGUCAAGCUUGCGGUGGGCAUCAUCUCAAUUGGGGAUAUGGGACUGGGGAUUGCCCGAUUAUUACGACAUCAUGACUACACGAUCUACACGGUUGCAAAAGGCAGAAGGCAAGCCCCUUCGAAAUCGACGUUGAUCAGAGCCGCCCAGAUCGUCUCCCUUGAUUCUGACGAAGAACUCGUUGCCGAGUCUGACAUCAUCUUGAGCAUUGUCCCACCCAGGGAUGCCAUCGCAACCGCGAAACGAGCUUUGAUAGCGUGCAAAAACCCUGAGGCGAUCAAACGACGAAGCGAGAGAAAAGGAACCGCGGUACUCGGCCAAGCACCGAGCUUGACCUAUAUCGACCUGAACGCCAUUUCCCCACGCAGCGCAAAGACCAUCGCGGGUCUUUUCACCGCCGAACUCUCACCACCGUCACCCCGUAGACUCUCGAUAACGAGGUCAUUCUCAUUCCGCAAGAACUCACAGCCCGAGCCGGACCCGAUCCCGAUCAAAUACCUGGACGGCGGUAUUAUCGGCGGCCCACCGUCCUUGAAGCAGGACCAGACUUGGAAGCGUCCCUCUAUCGUGCUCUCCGGACCCGGAAUCACGGAUCUUCUGCCAGACGCUCUCAUCUCACUUUUGAAUAUCAAGAUAGUGGGCGCCACCAUCGGCCCUGGCUCUGCACUCAAAGCGUGCUUCGCAUCACUGACCAAAGGUUUGACGGCAUUGUCCAUCCUCUCGUUCACGACAGCCCAAACGGCCGGGGUCCUGCCGCAAUUGCAAGCGCACCUCAAAGAAUACAGCCCCAAUACGCUGGCGCUUGCAACCGGUGGUCUGGUUGGUAUGCCCCCAAAGGCGUAUCGCUGGGUCGAUGAGAUGCGACAGAUUGGCGAGACGUUCACCGAGGAUGGCGGCUUCGGUCAUGGGAUUGGUGGUGGCCAGAUCUACGAAGGGAUCGCGGAGAUAUAUAAGUUGAUCGCCGACGACACGGUCCUGGGUGAAGAGAGAGUGGAGAAACGGAAACGAGGAACGACCGCGGAAGACGUGGCGGAGUGUGUAAAGGAGGGAAUUGCACGGAAGAAGCAAAAGGGCUCGAGCGAUGAGGACCUCGAUCAAGCUUGGAGGGGAAGAUGGUCAUGA